UAACUGUCCUGAGGGAGCAGGAAGAGCCCUUUAAUUAGUGAUGCUCCUGUUGUGUUCUUGCAAAGCAAGAGUCAAACUGGUCAGCUCUGAUAGGAUGGAGAAGCUUAAAGCAAACCAACCGUGUGCUGUGGAAAUGGCUUGUCAGAGCAAGUAAAAUGUUUCAAGGUCCUGCAAAAAAUGAACAGCAGGUUUAAUUAACUUAGUGAAGGAGUUGUAGUUGUGUGAGGAAUCCGAGGAAUCCUGGGGGCUCACUGCCUUUCCAUAAUCAUGGAAUCACAGCGUGGUUUGGGUUGGAAGGGACCUUAAAAGUUACCCAGUUCCAACCCCCAUAUCAUCAUACUGGAAACUUGCUGGAUUACUGCUGUUGAAUUCUUUUAAAAACUCAAGCUGUGCUUCUGAAAUCAAAUCAGUUCUGAAGUCUGGGGUUCCUCUGGGAGGAGGAAUGGAACAUAUUUUGAAUUUUUUUUGUCCUGCAUCUGAAGUAGAUGUGAUGUGUACAAUGAAGUGUAGAUAUUUGAUGAGUCUUUUUACUUGCCAUCGUGUAGGGUUUUGAACUAAAGCAGGGCUGCUGUAGAUCUUGGGUGGAAGGGGAUAUUUCAAAGUAGCUCCUGCACUUCCUUAUGUGCUGCAUCUUUGUUUCUUAGCAUAAGUAUCAUUGUAUGCUCAAGUGCUUGUAAACCUACUUCAGCAGCUUGAAUGUUGAGUAUCAUCUGUUAUUAAAAUGUGUAUAAUAAAUUCCAAGAAGCUUCUGGACAAAGACAUUUUUAAAAGUACAUUUGAGUGGAUUUGGUGCUUAUGAAGCCACAGACCUGGAUAUGGGACGUGCUCCUUCAGUUGGAUUUUCCCUGGGAUGUUCCUGGGCAGCACAAAUGACUGGGAGGCUGCAGAGCCCUGGGCUGUGCAGCUCCCAAGGGUUAAUGCCUCUUCCUUUAUCAUCCCAAUCUUGCUUCCACCUGGGUUUGGUGACCUCCCAGUGCCUUUUAAUCUUAGCACUAAUAGAAGUCCUUUAAAUAUGUUCAGUACCUGAGUCACUGCUUAUCUUCCCUCACACCUAUUUCCCUCUCCUGCCUCCAGGACUCUGAUAAAGGGCCUCACUGCUGGUUUUGGAUGUUCCCCCACCUCUCUCCUUUGGAGCUUCUAUUGUUGGUGCUCCCUCCUCUUAUUUCAUCUAUCCAUAAAGAAUGGUUUAGAUUUAAAAAGAGCAAUUAAAUGUGCUCUUUAAGAGGAGUGUAACUUCUAAGUUGUGUUUAGCUGAAUAUUUUAAUUCCUUCCUACUUAACCCAUUCAAGUACUAACGUUGUAUUUAAAUACCAGUCAAAGGAUAAACCAGCCUUCUCCUGUCCUCUCCUGAGCUCUCACUGUUCUUGCUGCUCUCAGUGCUGUUGCUUAGAUGUUUUUUAGCACAGAAUCUCUUCUGGGCUGAUUUCCAUUUGUGUCUGUACAGCAAAGCUUUGUCCUGGGAAACUGUUGACUGACAUCACUGAAUUCACUCCUGAUCCCCUGAUUGAGAUCCCAUCAUCCAAACCCAAACUUGUCUGAUCCCUUCACUGCUCCAGCUUCUUGGUUAACCUCUUCUCUCUGUUUUUCAUCCUUUUAUUUGUAGCUGCUGUAGUUCAGAAAGUGACUGUGCAGGUGCCUGGUGCGACGGGGUGGAAGCUGCGUGGAUCUCACUUGCUCUUUUUGUGGUGGAUCUGCUAGUGCUGAACGUGGGGGUUUUGACCCAGGCCAUCUUCCUGAAGUGACAGGUACAGGGUUUAGAGAAGGGACUUGCUGCAGUAAUUAUAUCUAACUGCACAAAAUGGCCCCACUCAAGUUUAGUUGGCUUAAAUAAUUUAACUGAAAACGAGUCUGCUGGAGUGGGGCUGGAGUGAGUCAUGGACAGGCCAGUCUCUGUAGCUCACACAAAAGAAAGAUGUAUUUGUUGUGUCAACAGGUGGGACAAUGGCAGGUGUGUGUGUGUGUGUGUGUGCAAGGGUUCAAAGUUUAUAGAAACUCAGUGCUGGAUUAUUAAAUUUUUCCACUUGUGUGACUUUGGCAGUUUGCCUGGGAGUCCUGUGUGGAGCUCUCUGAGCUCCACCACUGGGUUUGCAUUGAAACUAAGCAGUGAAUUGCCUCAGGGGACAGAACUGUUCUGCUGCUGCUCUGGACAGGGCCUUGUGCUCCCUGCUGUGAUCCCAGAGAUAAAUGAGGCAGAGUUCUGUGCUCAGAGCCAUCACUAAACCUGGCUCAUCAGAGCUCCCUCGUGCUCAGCCCAGCUGUGUCUGACACAAAUGAGGCUCCUGAGCUGACUGGCCAGGGAGGGCUGGAGGGAGGGCCCUGGGCUGGGAGGAGCAGCUCAGACAUCCCCGUGCAGUUUUGCACUCUGACUUCAUUCCUCAGCACCAAACCUCCAAAUAUGUGAGUUUUGGUAUAAAAAGCAGCUCUUGGAGGAGCAGCUUUCAGCAGGGCAUGGAGCUGUAUUUUGAUUGAGUUUCAUUUCAGCUGCUGUGUGUGGUAACUUAAGAUUUAGCACAGGAUCAUCCCAUAAACCCUUGAAUUGUCUGCCUAAAGUCCAUUGUUGGUGUCACCAACGAAUCCAGCAAAGCAGUCACUGCCCUGACAGUUCCAGUGGAAUUCUGUUUCUCUGGAUCAGGCCUUACUCGUUCCAAUGAAUUACCUGGGUAUUUCUUCGAGGACAAUAAAAAGAUUAUUAAAGCUGAGCACAAUGGAACAGAACAUUGUGUAUGUCCAGACUUUAAUCAACAGUUUGACUUUUGAACGGGUGUUGUGUGGAUCCUGCCUGUCUGCCAGGGAGGGAAGAUCCUCUGGAAUUCUUCCUUAGCUGGGAGUGUCGGAUUUUGCAAUGGGACCUGGCCAACUCCCGGGGCAGCCAGGCCGGGCUGUGUGUGGUGGGAUGAGCCGAGCACAGGAGGGAUGUGGGGUCCAGAGCCUCCAUCCCCCCCUCAAAGGCAGGAUGAGGCCGCCCCGCGGGUCCCCAGCGCUCACAGCGUCAGUGUGGCCUUGGGAUGGAGCUGGAGCUGCGUGUCCUGAGCAACGGCCACGGCUGGAGAAGGGACAGGAGACGGGAGCAGGGGCUGCUCCGACAGCGAUACCGGCGCCUGACACAGCCCCCCGGAGCCAGCUCUGCUGCUGCAGUAAGGUAAUAAGUCCAGGGAGCAGCAGGUGCUCAUGGAGAAAUGGAGAAGGACGUUGUCCACCAGAUACUGGAGAGCUCAGGUUGCUCUUUCCAGCUGUGGGAGAGGAGCAGGGCUGGUCCCUGCGUGUGAGCCGCGUCCGCUGCUCCGGGCAGGGUGGGCGACGCUCUGAGUGCUCGGCGUGGGAAGCUCGGGAUCCUUCUGUCUCACUUAAAAGAAAACACGGAAAACGGCUGUCUUGGGAAAGCAGCUCUGGGGGGAAGGGAAUUGCUGGUUCCUCCACACAAAGGCUUUGUGUUCGGUGCAGGGGCAGAGCUGCAGCUUGUGUAAAUUGUUGUGGCUGUGCUGAAAGGAGCGGAGCUCUGCUGCCGACUCAGCUCGGGGAUGGCCCCUGGAGAGAAGGGUCAGCCCGUGGGGCCGACUCUCCAAGCACGUGCAUCACUUAUCUGCUCAGCCAGAGCUUCCUUUUGGGAUUUCUCCCCACCCUUGACCUGUGCCGAUGCCGUGCCCUGCUCCAGGUUGUCCCCAAGCUCACAAACCUCGGCUGCCUCUGUGGUGCCCCUGCCCUGACCCAGCACGUGUGGUGGGAGAAGGGAAUGUCCAUGAUGGGACAACCUGGGCCUGGGCUCCAGGUGCUGCCUGGGAAGCUCAUGGAAAGGUAUUUGCCCAGGAAAGGGGAUGGUUGUAAUCCCUCACUCAGGUUUAUAAAGAAUUGCCUACAAACUUCACAUGAAACCGAAGCCAGCGGAACCUUGGUGAGAAAUGCUGAUCCCUUUUAUGAAUAACCCCCACAUGCUUCCCCUUUCCAGGAGGGAGGAAGCUCCCAUUAAAAAUUGAUAGUCUCCCUGUCAGCUGGAUUUUAAUUCAGCAAGUGGAUUUGACUACUGAUGUGAAAAAACUACCUUUGUCACCGUGCUGAUAUUUUUUUAAUGAGACAGAAAUGGUUUGGCACCUUUCCAGCUUAUUAAAAUCUCUGUGAGUCCACAGGCACUGGCACAAGGGGAUGGGAAGGGAAAAUUACAUUGAGUGCAUGAUUGGCAAAACAAAAUCAAGCACUUUUUUAUUUAUUUAUUUUUAAUCUGUUACAAGCCUGUGAAUGAAUCCUUCUAUUAUUUAUGGGGGAGGAUAAAGGGAGCCGUCCCUGUGGCUGCAGGAGGAGGCAGACUCCGCUUUCAGUUCAACUCUUCUUUCCAGACGAGGAAAGUGAACACCUCACUGUUACCCAGGGCAGAGAGAAGUGAAGGUAGCUGUGUGAAAAUGGAGUAAUUCAUGUUUUGUGGGAGAACAGGGCAUUACCAGGAGGGGAGGAUCUCCACGGGGACAGGGCUCGUGGCAGUGGUCUGUGGGUUCCCUGGGUUACCGCAGGGUAAAUCUCUGCUGAAAAAAAGCCUUCCACCCUCCCCAGGGGCUGAGACUGUUUCAGCCCUGCAUCCCAGCAGUGAAGUCACCCCAGGGUCUGCAUCCUGCACUGGAUCAGCUGAGGGAGCUGCUCUCCAGUGACAAGGCUUUGCUACAUCCUCACCCAAAGGGCAGCGUGUGCAGAGCACCUCGUCCCAAGGUCGGCCGCGUUGCCAGUGGGGAUUUGGCCCUUCUCCAGCUGCUGCUUCCUUCCUCCCUGCCCUCAGCCCAGCACAGCAGCGUGGAGACACUGCAGCAAACGUUAAUCUAAUUUCCUGCUCGGUGUCCUUUCUGGGUGAUCUUUGCUGGGGGAGGAGGGGGAUGAGCUGGGUCUGCUGACGCUGCUGUGUAAAGCCGGGCAGCUCAUGGGACCAGCCCCCUCCUGCCUCAGUGUCCCCAGCAUUCCCCGGUGAUGUCAUGAAGAUUCCUGUUGAUAAAAUGCUUGAUGAAACUCAUGUGAUUCACAUUGUGUUCUUUUGGCAGUUUAGGAGGAGAGUUUUGCUGCAGAGAGGCUGAGGAGCAGGAACCUGCCAGUACCACCGGGCUGUGCCAGGGAUACCCCAGGGCUCUGGGAUGAGUUUCCUCCUGUAAAGCUUUUCCUAAUGUUCCUCGAGGCACCCAAUGCUGGGUCCCCCAGGGGCAGAUCCCAAAACUGGAUGAAGUUCUGACUUGGGGAGGGAAACAGAGGAGAGAAAUGAAUCUUUGCAGCUGGAGGGAUAAGAGCAAGUGGCAGAAGAAAUGCCCUCCUGACCAGGCCAUUCACCCCCAAAAAAGUGUGGGAUAGGCCAUGCCCAGGUCCUUUGCAGCUCCCUUUGCCCCUCUUGGCCUGGCUUUGGCACCAGCUCUGCUGGGACCCUCCCCAUGUCCCUGAAUGCCACUGUUGUGAGCCCUGCAGGUGCCCAGCUCUGACAGGGAAGGGGCCCCAGCUCCCUGGAUUUUUGGGUAAGCCAAAAUGAUGCUACAGGUUUAAAUUCCCAUGAUCAGGCAACGAUGCCCAGUCCUGCAUCCUCUGAGCCCCACACUCCCACCUGCCCCGAAGGUGAACAUCUGCUCUCCAGUUUAUAAAAGCUCCACUUCCCCCUGUUGUAACCCCUGGAUGGAGCCAAACCUCACACACAGGUUUGCUGUGCCAGAAACAGGGACUUGUCCUGCUGGGCUGAAGUUGUGCAGGUUGAAUCUCCCCCUGGAUCGUGCCCAUGGAUGCAGAGCCUGGUGGAUUCCGAGGUGCCAGGUGGGUGAGCAGCACGAUGCCAAGGCAGAUGGUGGGCACAGGGCUGCAGGGACCUUCCUGAACAAAGCAGGGGGGGUUGCCAGGAUGCUCUGGGAGCCCCUGGGAUGAGUCCCCUGAAACCAGCCCAAUGUUCCUGGGCAGAUCCCCCCAUCCUCCUGGGAGAAGGGGAUUUCUGCCUUCUGCUAAGAGAGGAUUUGGGUUUAUCCUCUGGAGCUGCACAUCCCGCUAUUAAUGAGCAGCCAGGGUAUCAUUUGAAUUUAAAUGACAUCACAGAUGCAGCUCUGCUAAUUGCUCAUUUGCUUAUCCAGGGUAAGGGGUAAAUCAGUAAAGGAAACCUGAAUCACAGAAAGCUCUUGUGCAGCUCAUUAGGAUGGGUCUAGGAAAGUGUGUUAACCCUUUCCAUGGCAAUGCCUCCUUACUCCAUUCAUGGCUCCAUUUCCAUCCUGUUGCCCAUCUUGCUGCAGGGAUUAGCUGGGGAAAUGAUGCAGAUCACCUAGAAAUUCUGGGAUUCGUGGCUGGGACAGAAGUGAAGGAUUUAAAAGGGGGAAAUCUCGGCAGUGUUAGUGCUCGGAGAGUUGCUGUGCAGAGCCUGGGUGGGUUUGGACAGCCCUUGUCCUGGGCUGGGCUGUGGGGCAGAGGGAUGGCUCCAGUCCUCUGUUAUCUAUUUGGUGUUGUGCCCAAAAUUUUGGCUCUAAAUGGCUCUUAUCGUUACCUGGUAGGAGCCUGAAGAGUGUCUCGGAGUGAUCAUUGCACAGAAACGCCACUGGGGUAAAGAGGUGAUAAUUAAAAUUGCAAAAUCAAGUACCCGGUGAUCUGAAAUACCAGAAUUUCAGCCUGAGCAGGUAGAGCUUGUGCUGCAGAUAACCGGGAAGGUGGGAAGAUUUGGGAAAUCUUUGGUCCUGCCCCGCAGGAUUGUUGUUCUCCCCGUCUGCAGGGCACAAGUGGCUUCACUGAGGGCUGCAGCUGCUUUUUUAAUGGGUGACUCAGGAGGUUUGGGCUCAGUUCUCCGUCCUGCUGUGGCCACACCAGGGCUUUGGGACGUCAUUCCCUUGUCACUGCCGUGCUGCCUCAGGCUGUGAGGUUUGGAGAAGGUGGAGGAGUUUCUGUGCCCAUGUUUGGAGGGCUGGAGCGCUGGACGUGCUGCUGCAAUGCAAACAAUUUUAUCGAAGAGAUUACUUCUAAAUCCUGGUGGAACUGAGAAAUCUUGGCUUCUUGUCCUGAUCGUGUUUCCUUUUCUUUCUCGGGUCCUUUGAAAAAAAAAAAAUCUGGCUCCUUCCCCUGUGACUCAGAUAGGAGGAGAUAAACCCCUCAUUCAUCAUGUCCUGCUCGAGUCAGAUCAGCGCUUACGCCACCAGUCCGGAGCAGGUUGGCUCAGGGAGGGGUGUUCACUUUGUUCCCUGUGAUGAACAUAAUUCAUCUUAGACGUGGACUUUGCCCAAAGAACCACCUGGAAAGCUCCAGGGAGCUGGGAUGCCUCCUUGGUGGUGCACAGCUUGGGCACGAGGCCCCUCGGUGGAGGCGUGGGGCUGAGCUGGGGGAGCAGCAGCCUGGGAGGGACUCGUGUUUCUGCAGGAGUAAUUCCACAUUCCCACUCCAGGAUCAUGCCUGGUGCUCCCUGAGCCCUCUGUCCAUGGGCUUUGCCUGGGAUUUAAAGCCUCCCUUGCAGGGCUCCAAUAAUCCCACUGUCCUGAUGCGAUAAAAAGACAGUUAAAAAGCCCCAUCAGUGUCUUGCUGCCUGCCAGGCCUCGAGGGGCAAAUGCACCCAGGGAGGUAAUUUGGGACCUUCAGUGGUUCUCAGAGCUGCCUAAUCUGCAGAGGGAUUUAGUGGGUGCUUGUCUGAUGUUGGAGGCUCAGUGCUGGGAGCAGCCAGAGCCCGGGGAAAAGACGGGAGAGGCGGCUGCUGGAACAGCAUCACACCACAAAGGGCUUCUGUGCCCAGGGCAGGAGGGUGUUCACCCGGUGUUCAGCCUCACACUCAGGUCUGAGGCUCAGAGCAGGGGGAGGAGGAGGGCAGGGAGGUUUUCCUUACCUGGGGCAGGACACAAGUGACAGAGACUCAUCUUCACCUGAGCUGUUGGCUUUGUUCUCUCCCUCCUCUUGCUGGUGUGAGGUAGCACCACACGCCCUCAUCAGCUGCCCGUGUUUGGGAGCCCCUCAGGAGCAGAAAACAGCCCCCUCCUCUCCUCAAAGGCUUCUGCCACGCUUGAAGCUUUGCUGUGGAGCCAAGAACGUGAGCAGUGAGAAGAAAACCUGGUUGGUAUUUCUGAAGGUCGCUUUUUACGAAAGGGAGAAGCCAAAACCUUUGUUUGCUGGUGCUCACAGCGGAGAACAGGCCGGUGUCUGGAUUUGGAAAGUAGGGCAGUGAGAAUCCCCGGCGAGGCGAGCAGAGCCUGGCAACAACCUCCUGCUGAAAGGGCAGAGUCGGGCAUUCUGUCCCUCCUGUUGUCUGGGUGGCCCUGAGAGCCAAGUUCCCUUUGCCCUUCCUUGGAUGCCACCUCCAAACACAGGGAGGUGACGGGCAGUGAAACUUCCCCGGGGUUCCAGCGGCACUGAAGGGAGCGAGGUGAAAGCUCUGCCUGUGUCAGCGUUCCCACAAACCUGCCCCCACGGUGCCUCCGUGGAGAGGACCCAAGGCAGCAGACCCAAACCUACAGACAAUGCCUGCUUUGUCCACCUCCCUUCUCCUCGGGCGCCGUGAGAUGCUGAGUCCAAACAUUUAACCACAAAAUGCAUUAAUUACCAUCCAGCUCCCCGGGGUAAGGCCCAUAUGCCAGUAACCAGGGAAGGGGAAAAAAAAAAAAAAGGCAUGGAAAGUACAUUGAUUGUUAAAUGACUCUGACUGCAAUUACUGCCACUAAAAGUUCCUGAUGAACAUUUCCUAGAAACAUUCAGUUCUCCAGCCCCUGUGCUUGGAGCGGCGUUAACUUGGACCGUGCAAAAGAGGAGCGACCCAGAAAUUGUGGGAUGAAGGCAACUUCCCACAUAAUGGCAUGGGAUGUGUCCUCUGCUCCUGUAGUUCUGCCUCAACCCACAGCAGAGAGCUGUUUUCCACGGGGUUUUUCCACCCGUGGCAGAUGUCAGGUCCGAUGGAACACGGUGUGUCCUCAGCUGCUCACUCCAGCUCCUGAGCCCGCAGCUAAUGCUGGAGUUUGGCAUCCGCCCCGGAUGGAAAUGAGCUACCCAGGGACAGCUGCUUGGGAAUUACAGCAAACUGCAAACAGUCUGACACCAGCAGAAGUUUGAUUUCCCCCACGCUGCCUGUAAAUCUGGCGGGCUCACACCUCCCCAGCAGCUCCAAACCCAAACUCUGCUCAGAGCAGGGUAAGAAAACAGGAAGGAGCAAUGACAGAGUGGCCAAGGUGGCAGGUGAUGGAUGGAGCCGAAAUCCCGCUCGGUGCCUGGAUGGGGGAAGGAAAUGGGAGCUCGUGGAGUUGCUCUGCUAAGGGGGCACCCCCUCAGCAGAGCCACUGGGACACUGGGACACUGGGACACAGGGACACUGGGACACAGGGACACUGGGACACUGGGACACUGGGACAUGCCGUCCCCGGGCCUGCGGUCGCUGCCCUUCCGCUGGAAGUCUCCAGGGAAGGACUUUGCAGCAUCCCAGCCCAGGAUCCCGAAUUAGCAUUGGAAUGAGAGUGCUGGUAUUUUUAAACCGGGGUGUGUCAUUCCUGCCUUUCUCGUAAUAGGUGUCCGUGGGCAGGUUCUUCUCAGAGCCUCAUCCAGCGCUGCUUUAAGGAGCUCUGAUGAACCCCAGAGUCAGGACAGGCUCUCACUUCCAGCUGGCACGGGAUGGUCUGUGCCUUUCCAAACUUCCUCAGCACCUUUCUUCUCAAAGCUCUUCCAUUAUGCUUAAAAGCCAGGAUGUUCAUACUGUGUUCCCACUGACCUGUGUGCUGAGCUCCUCCAGUGCCUGAAAAAUUCCCUCUAGAAAUGAAAUCCCAUUUUUGAGCCCCCGGGGUCAAUGUGGCAGCGAAUUCCACCCCUGGAACAGCGAGGGCCAGGGCAGGAGAAUGCCUGCUUUGAUAUCUUUAACAUCUGAUGCCUCCACUUUCAAAAGCACUUGGAAAGUUUGAGAUGGAAAAUCGCUGCAGAAAGGCCAAAAGUGCUGGAGAAGUGAAACAAUAAUAACGUUGUUUUGCUGCUCUGCCAAAUGGGAAUGAACCUCCUCAAUGCAGCAUGAAAUAAUAUCGAGGGAGUGACCCACUGAGCACAGGUAGGGGGCCAGAAUUGCUUUGUUCCGACUCCCUGGCUUGGUGCAAAUUUAGCUUUGAGCAAGUCACUUAACUUUCCUGACUCAUUCCUCACCACUGUUAAGGUGGGUGAUACUCAUUCCCCUAUGGGUUGUUAGGAGGACUGGUGGUUUGUUAUGUAAAGCUUGGACAAAUUAAGUCUAAGUAUUAUCAAAAGAAAAAAAAAAUAAACCUUCCAGAAUAGUAUAAGCAGUGAUUACUGAUCUGGGAAAGAAUCGAGAGCUUUCAGUGUUCAGAACUGUUCUGGGCAUCGUUAGGGGGUUCCUUUGAAUGGGGACUGUGAGGGGUUUGAUAGGUGGCAGCUAGAAACCAG